AUGCGCCCAACUCGCCCAAUACGAAACACACUCCUCUCAACAAGAAAAGAACAACCAAAGCCUCGCCGAUUCACCCGAUGCGCAAUCCUCCAUAACACACCAUCCUUCACCCCCUUCACCCGCCGCCUCUUCAAACUCCCAUCUCCACCACCCACUCCCCCCCAAAACCACCAUGACCUCCCCUCCUUCCUCACCUACGCCGAUCGAAUUGCCCUGCCUGAAUCCAGCACAACCUACGUAGGCAUGCGCUACGAAUACACCGUCCAACAAGCCCUCCGCCGCUUCGCCUUCUCCCUGCACCGCGUCGGCGGGCGCGAUGAUCUGGGUGUUGAUCUGGUGGGAACCUGGCACUUGCCGAAACAUGAGCAUCCGCUGCGCGUGUUUGUGCAAUGUAAAGCGCUGAAGACUAAAUUGGGUCCGAAUUUUGUGCGGGAGUUGGAGGGGUCGUUUAAUCUUCGGUCGUCGCCGGUGGAUGGUGGCGGGGGAGCGGGAGGGAAAUUGGGUGUAUUGGUGGGCACGCGCGAGGCGACGAAAGGAGUAAGAGAUGCGAUGGCGAGGAGUCCGUAUCCGGUUAUGUGGAUGAUGGUUGAGAAGGAGCGGGGAACUUUGCUGCAGGCGUUGUGGAAUGCGAAGGGGGAGGAGAUGGGCUUGGGGGGAUUGGGGGUUGAGGUGCAGUUUUCGUCUGAGCCUAGUUCGACUACGAAGAGUAUUGCAUUGACGUGCGAUGGUGAGGAGAUUCCGGGUAUGGAUGAGGUGGAGAGGAAUAUGGCUGAGCUUGAGGAUCGGUGGAUGGCGUUGUGGGGAAAGGAUGGGUCUAUGCCGGAGAGUCGCAAGUUGGCUCUGUUGGAUAUUGUAGAGAAGCUGUAUCCCGAAGAGAAACCCCUGUUCGGGACCACGGGGGUUACGGGGACGUGCAGUAUGCUGUCUGAUGAAGACAGAGAAAGGGUGCUGCAACUCGUGAGGGAGAACGAGUCUGUUCAAAAAGAGUGA